AUGGCAGGCCCGUUGAGCUUCGCCGCAUCUGUCGCUGGAUUCAUAUCGUCAGCUUCUAAUGCUCAGAAUGCCUUGCGGACAGCACUGAGUCGCUCUCGCGAAAGCGUGAGCGCCCAAGAGAGUCUUCGGCGGUCGGAUGCCUCAAUGACGAUGCUCAAGGUCAUUUACCUAGACCUUGACCCGGGAACUCUCGCUGGUCGCAUAGGCGCCGCACCUGCCACUCAAAUGCACAGACAGAUUGGAGAAAUUCGCCUCGCCGAGCUAAACAUUAGUCUUGACAAGAAGUUACAGAAAGAGUAUGCCAGCCACGUGGGAGAAUCGGCUGAAAGGCUCGAGAAGGCUUUGCAGAGACUCAGGGACAUUGAACAAACCUUCAUGUUGCGGCGUAUUGAGGCAAUUGUCCUCAAAUCCGAGGAACUCCAGCUGAAACGGGAUGCAGAGAACACCAAAACAGAACAAGCGGUAGCCGAGAUUGGCCAAGCUCUAUCACUACUCCAGUCACAUAUGGCAACGGAUGGGAGAAUAUUAGAUAAAGGUAUUCAACAGGCAUUGACCAAUAUUGGACAAAGGAUGUCGGAAAUCAGCUUAUUAUUUGUGGAGGGAGAGACUUCAGACCGAACGAUCGACGAGCUACGCGCAGCGAUACAAUCGACCAUUGGCAGGUCCCAAGGGUUUGACCGGAAUCAGGUUGUCUUCCCAUUUGUCAUACCAAUGCAGGAAGUCGAAGAUGUCGUGGCCAGAGUCAUACUCGACACCGGCGUCCAGGACAACUGGAUCAAUACGAAUACUGGAACGAGCGAAUGGUCAGUCUUCAACCGCAUCACAACAAGCUCGCUUAUGGCUGCUGACGUCCGAUAG